CGGCUUUUGGGAAAAGGCAAUUUCUUUGGAAAUUUUCGUUUUUCUGAAGAUGUUUUAAAAUCACAAGACAGCCAUCGAUCCAUAGUUGAAAAGCAAAGAUGGCAGGAUCUGCGUUGAAACGCCUUAUGGCUGAAUACAAGCAGCUGACAUUAAACCCACCUGAAGGAAUCAUAGCUGGGCCAAUAAAUGAGGAGAACUUCUUUGAAUGGGAAGCCCUGAUAAUGGGACCAGAAGAGACAUGUUUUGAAGGUGGUGUGUUCCCCGCAGAACUUCAGUUUCCUACAGACUAUCCUCUUAGUCCCCCAAAAAUGAAAUUUACUUGUGAUAUUUUCCACCCAAACAUUUACCCAGAUGGCAGGGUUUGUAUUUCCAUUCUCCAUGCUCCAGGAGAUGAUCCAAUGGGCUACGAAACCAGUGCAGAGAGAUGGAGUCCCGUACAGAGUGUGGAAAAAAUACUUUUGUCUGUUGUCAGUAUGUUGUCUGAACCUAACGAUGAAAGUGCAGCAAAUGUUGAUGCAGCAAAAAUUUGGAGAGAAGAUCGACAAAGAUUUGAAGAAAUUGCGGACAGAACUGUGCGGAAAUCAUUAGGAUUGUAACAAAAGUGAAAGUCCUCUGUGAUUUUGAAGAGGAAGAUGAACCCUUUAAUAUCUGAGUGGAAAAGAAAGCAAUUCUGAAAGAUUUUUGAAUUGGUUGAAUGGGACAUGUGGUCUUUGCUGGCAGAGCCAUGGGAUUUGUUUGCCCACCAUGAACAGUUACAAGCUGAGCUGGAAAACCUUGGAAAAUUCAAUGAAAUCCACUGUUCUGCAUGGAACUUUCUGAAGUCUCAUCAUGGAAUUCCAGGUUCUCAUGCAUUAGUCCGGAUGACUCAGGGAUUGUGCAAAAGGAACUUUGCAAUGGUGUGCAGCAAAAUUGAGGAAAGGUGACAAAGUUGAAUGCCCAACAUAGUAUUGACACCAUUAGAUUUUCAUUGAAACACUUAUUAAUGACUUGUUAGCAGAAUGUUAAAUGACACUUUUUUGCUUCUUUCUGUAUUGCUGGAUGUGGGGGGGAUUUCAAUUAAAACUUUUUCAGUUCACAUGUAAGGCAAGGGUAGCGCACAUCUUGUGAAAAAAAUUUCACAGUAAUUUUAGACAAUGUAUGGGAUGAUUCAGCAUUAAAAUGCCAAUGUUUCUUUUAAUUUAAAUUUCUUAAAAUUUCAUUAUAUGAUACUAAGGCAGUCUUCAAAUUAUGUGCUGUACAAGACAGAUGGCUGAAUACACGUAUCUAGUUACACUUAAAUUUGCGAAUUGUUACAGGAUACAUGAUACGCUUUUGUUUUGUUUCUUCAUGUGUAGAAUAUCAUGUGUCGUAACAUCUAAUGUUACAAACAAAAUUGUCGGCUUCCACUGUGGGGGGUAAAAUGAUCCCUGUUAAAAAAGAACUGGGGGAGACAGACCGAACAGGUCUGGCCGAAUGAGGGCUGGGGUGUGGCGAACAGAUCAAAUGGAGGUGAGGGUAGAGGCGUGGAGGGGAUGCUAAGCUGGCCUGAAGAAGCCAUGCAUGUUUGUGUACAUGUUACCUUGCCCACACUGUAGUGACACGGUUCACUGGGCUCAGGGCUUUUUUGGGGUGUUCACUGAGUUCAGAGCAAGAUCAAUCAUGAUGUAAUUUCUGAAAAGAUCCGACCAUUGACAGAAAAUAUGCAUAAUAGAGAGGGCUGAUUAACAGAUAGAAAAAUACCCACAGAAUGAAAUUUUUUAACAAAAAUUCUGGUGCAUAAUUUUCUUCAUUUGGCACAGAACCAUAAUGUUUGUUUCAUAGUUCCUUUUCAUCUAGCCUCGAAAUGCAACUCUUAAUACAUGUGCCGCUCUCUACAUUGGCUUUUCGACACUACCACCGCUAGCAAAAUUUGUUCAGAAGUGAGAGGUCACUGGGAUCACGGUGAUGAGGCAGAUAGUGAUGUCAGAAAACACAAAAGCUCUGUCUCAACCUUUGGUUCCAUUAAUUAUUGGCACGCAUAAAUUUUCUUUAUCUGAAAUUAGCACAACAUGAUUGUAACCAACUGAUGAAACAGUUUUACGGAUGAAUGCUGAUGAAGUAGUUCCGCAUCCGUGAGAGUAAGUCUAAACAACCCUACGUGUCAAGCUUGUCGAGUGGUGGCAGUGAUGUAAAGAGAGCAUAGAGAGUGGCACAUACGCUGUGAGGAGUAUGGUAGGUGUAGCAGAGAUUGGCACUCUGUGUGUGCCUACUAGCUGCAGAGUAAAAUGUUUCCUAAAUGAUUCAUUUUUUGUUGAAUGCCGAGGCGUUGGCACGCUAGGGUGGUGGAAUGACCCAGCAGCCUCUCACCAAAUGGGGUUGCUGGGAGUUCAUGUCCAGCUCAUGCUGGCUUCCUCCCCAGCCAUACGUGGGAAGGCCUGGCAGCAACUUGCAGAUGGUCAUGGGAUUCCUGUGGGCUCUGUUCGGGUUUCUCCCUCAAUAAUGCUGGCUGCUAUGGUAUAAGUGAAAUAUUCUUGAGUACGCAGAAAACAACAAUCAAAUAAAUAAGUAAAGUUUUUUGAAUGAGUUAACUAAGACUUUGCUUUGUACAUAAGUUGAUAUUGAUUGUGUGGGAAGCUUGUGCACGUACAGCUGCAUCAGAUAGUAUUAAAGGGUUUGUCUUGUCUCUGGUGUUUUUUUUUUUUUUUUGGUAUUUCGCAUAUUUUAUUGAUUGAAAUAUUAUUAUGAAAUGAGUGGUGAUAUCAAUGGGUCAUUUAUUUUGUGAAAGAAAAAUGUUAACUUUAGGCCCAGAUUUUUUUUUUUGUGGUGAUUUUUUUUUUUUAUGUCAUUUCUAAAUGACUUAGGAGAAGCAAGUCAUCACCAAGCGCUACAAGGUACAAUUUCAACCCCGGCAUUGGUGAGGGAAUUCUCUCCUUGUACCUGUUGACCAGUUGUCUUCUAACAGUAUGGUAUACAUAUCUGUGAGUCAAAGGUGGGAAUGUUUGUCAUCUUAUAAGUGACAAGUGAUGUGAAACAAGAAUGAAACAAAUAAAUGAUUCAGAAUGACCUUAGUCUGAUGGUUUUGGCAUCAACUAAUGACCACAUUCGAGACAUAGACUCGUCACAGAAUGGGGACAGACAUGUUGGAUUUACUGACACCGUUGCUAAGUAAGGCAAGUCGCUGUGGUGAUGAGGGAAUAUGUCAGUGUGUAGGACUUUGCUUUUACUUGACUUCUUCCUUUAUUGUUCUAUGUUGAUGUGUUUGGUUGCAUAUUGUAGUUUGCUAUUCGUGAGUGUGAUGUAAAACACCAACCAUCCACAUAAAUAAAUAAAAUACAUAAUUAAGUGAUUGUCGAUGGUCAUAUUCAAGGUCAGGGAUGUAUAAUACUGGGGACAGAAUCACACAAUUUGUUCAUCAGCCUGUAAAAUGGCUGGAUACACAUCUUUGUUCAUUAUCCUGUAAAAUGGCUGGUUAGACCACUUUGUUCAUCAACCUGUAAAAUGGCUGGUUAGACCUCUUUGUUCAUCAGCCUGUAAAAUGGCUGGUUAGACCACUUUGUUCAUCAACCUGUAAAAUGGCUGGUUAGACCACUUUGUUCAUCAACCUGUCAAAUGGCUGGUUAGACCUCUUUGUUCAUCAGCCUGUAAAAUGGCUGGUUAGACCUCUUUGUUCAUCAGCCUGUAAAAUGGCUGGUUAGACCUCUUUGUUCAUCAGCCUGUAAAAUGGCUGGUUAGACCUCUUUGUUCAUCAACCUGAAUAACUUUCUGACAUCUCUAACCAGAUGUGUUAAUUAAAUCUUCAUUUAGUACACAUUUA